CCCCGGCCCUCUCCAUUCCGGUGGAUUCAUGCUCAGCUCUCGCCCUCCUCGGUCGCCAUGCAGAACAACCACAAUAAGGAGCAUCUCUAUAAGAUCCUUGUUAUAGGGGACCUUGGGGUCGGCAAGACCAGCAUCAUCAAGCGCUAUGUCCAUCACAACUUCAGCCCCAACUACCGGGCCACCAUCGGGGUGGACUUCGCACUCAAAGUCCUCAACUGGGACCAGGAGACGGUACGCCUGCAGCUGUGGGACAUCGCAGGUCAGGAGAGGUUUGGCAACAUGACCCGUGUGUACUACCGCGAGGCCAUGGGUGCCUUCAUUGUGUGUGACGUCACAAGGCCCGCCUCCUUUGAAGCCGUCACCAAAUGGAAGGAGGACUUGGAUUCCAAACUGACACUUGCCAAUGGGAAACAUGUAGCCACUGUGCUUCUGGCUAAUAAAUGUGACCAGGGCCGGGACGUACUGACCAAUAAUGGAAUAAAGAUGGAGCAGUUCUGCCAGGAGAACGGCUUUGUGGGAUGGUACGAGACGUCCGCUAAGGAAAACAUUAACAUCGACGAGGCGGCUAACUGCCUGGUGAAACACAUCAUUGCCAGUGAGAAUGACAUGCUCCAAACAGAAGUCCCUGACACCAUCACCCCCCAGUUGGAGAAGGACAAAGGCGGGACAUGCUCCUCCUGCUUCAGAUCCCAGUAACAGCCCCUCGACAGUUGGAUGUCCUUUUGUAUCUCAUUUACACACAAAGUCGAGUUUGUCUGUGAGCAGGAGACAGAGGGAGAACUACUUUGGCUGUUGUUGUUGUUUGUUUUUUUGGUAAGCAUGUAUGUGUGCCAGCUCCUCUCCUGUCUGGUGUGGGGUGGGUGAGUGGAUGGCAGACGGGCAGCUGGCUCAAGAAACGGACGCAGAAAGAGAGAUGGAUGCAGCUGUGUGCGCUCGUCAAAGGCAAGGUCACCCUCUGGGUUGACUUCAAGCCCUGACACUGCCACUUCGGUUACCAUGGAGACACAGUUAAUGAACACAUGCACAGAAAGAUUGCAGCAAAUCACAGUCUAUCAGUAUAAAGGUCCGCGGAGGUUACAAACCGUGUCAUCCAUCUCUCUUUCUCCCUCCUCUUGCCCACUCUCUUAUUUGUGUGUGUUUGAGUUUGUCUCUGCCUGUUUCUUCCUCCUCGUCUCCUCAGUUUUUCAUGUCAUUCUGGGCUAAUAAGCAGGCAAAUUUAUAUAACAUUUUCCUCCAGAUAUCCAAAGCAAUUCAAUCUCAGUCCUGAUAACACUACAGCUGCAUUAUUGGCUCUGGUUUCAUUAGAUUUGGUUUCAUUUUAUUUGUCUUGGUUAUUGUCUUUUCCUGUGUGCACGUUGAUUCAAUUACAGUGCGUUUUCUAAUACAAACCAUUUUAUUGAAUGCCUUCCAUAGAUAUAUUCACUACAUUUUUUAUUUAUAAGUGCACUUAAAGGUAUGUACCUUACCUUUCAUCACUGAGGUAGAAUUUCAACACUUUACAUGGAAACAUAGUAAAAAUACUAAGAGAAACGUUGUGCGUGUUAAAUUUGCAAAAAGCAACACUAAAGUCUGUUGUUUCCAUUUUAAUUCAAUGGUUUUAUAUUAACUUUAUAUUCUACUGUUCAAUAUUUGUAAUAUUUGUAAUUAUGGGAUAAAUGCAUAUUUAAAUAUCUAUACAAACAUGUACAUAUUAUAUACAUUACAGUGAGACAGAUAAUAGAGUCAAAGAUGUAUCCAGUUUUCAACAUGUUCAUAUCAAUAAACUAUAGCUUUA